AUGCUCAAACUUUGCGUAUCCAUUAGCUCCCGGCUGAUCAUGUGUGUAUUGAGUCUGGCUCUGACUUAUAAAUAUGUCGAAAUGUCAAGUCUCAGCCAUAACCAAAAGUACGACAAGAAACGAAAAGAGCCGCAUUUCAGGGAGGUUCCUCAUGAUGAUCUCAAGCCACAAAAUACUAAAGCGCUAACUGUCAGAUGCACCAUCAUAGAUGCCGAGAUUUAUGAUUUCGAUAGAAAUUUGAAACCCGUUCCUUGCAAAUCUGCAUUACACAAUUUCCUCUCUUCUUUUCCGUCCCAAGAACCGAACCAGAACACGCACAUGUUCAAGUCUUAUCCUGGGACACGAUCACCGUGGAGACUUCGACGAUUCGCUGGUGUGCAAAAUGUGGUAAUCCGUCUCACUCCAAUGGCUAAGCGCGGUCGUCCACAAAAUGUUUGCUAUGUCCUUAUAAUGGUCAGAUCCAUCCAUGCCGGAGGGAAAAAUACCGAAAGGUCAUCCAAAGAACUGCUCGGGUCUGCUGCCAAGACUUCAGGGGUAGUCAUAGGCCUUUUUCAUGGGUGCCACGAAGUCAACGAUAAGGUCAGUCAUAAUGCCGUCGGACGUGCUUGCCGAUUGACCCGGAAGGGUGGAACUGCCUUUUCAUUGAGUUGCAGCACAUUAGAGUGGAGAACGAGUCCAUUUUUUCUCUCUUAUAACAAGAGCAGCUACUCAUUAAAUCAAUGCCGAUAUGAGUGA